GUUUGGGCGGCUCCUCGGCGAGUGGCGGUGGUGGCCGGGGCGGUUUGUCCUGGCCCUGUUAAUGUCGGGGCCAGGCACCGGGAGGAUGGCGCCCUAGAGCCAGGCCUCGCUGGGGUAGGGGCGGGAGGGCACGGGGCGGGGGCCGGCCAUGUCGGAGGUGACCCGGAGCCUGCUGCAACGCUGGGGCGCCAGUUUUAGGAGAGGCGCCGACUUCGACUCCUGGGGCCAGCUGGUGGAAGCGAUAGACGAGUAUCAGAUAUUAGCAAGACAUCUACAGAAAGAGGCCCAGGCGCAGCACAACAACUCUGAAUUCACAGAAGAACAAAAGAAAACCAUAGGCAAAAUUGCAACAUGCUUGGAAUUACGAAGUGCAGCUUUACAGUCCACACAGUCUCAAGAAGAAUUUAAACUGGAGGACCUGAAGAAGCUAGAGCCAAUCCUAAAGAACAUUCUUACAUAUAAUAAAGAAUUCCCAUUUGACGUUCAACCUGUCCCCUUAAGAAGAAUUUUAGCACCUGGCGAAGAAGAGAAUUUGGAGUUUGAAGAAGAUGAAGAAGAGGGUGGCGCUGGGGCAGGGUCUCCCGAUUGCUUUCCUGCUAGAGUUCCUGGUACCUUAUUACCAAGGUUGCCAUCAGAACCAGGAAUGACGUUACUCACCAUCAGAAUUGAGAAAAUCGGUCUGAAGGAUGCGGGCCAGUGCAUUGACCCCUAUAUCACAGUUAGUGUAAAGGACCUGAACGGCAUAGACUUAACUCCUGUGCAAGACACUCCCGUGGCUUCAAGAAAAGAAGAUACAUACGUUCAUUUUAAUGUGGACAUUGAGCUCCAGAAGCAUGUUGAAAAAUUAACCAAAGGGGCAGCUAUCUUCUUUGAGUUCAAACACUACAAGCCGAAAAAGAGGUUCACCAGUACCAAGUGCUUCGCUUUCAUGGAGAUGGAUGAAAUUAAACCGGGGCCCAUCGUGAUAGAACUAUACAAGAAACCCACUGACUUUAAAAGAAAGAAAUUGCAAUUAUUGACCAAGAAACCACUUUAUCUUCAUCUACAUCAAACGUUGCACAAGGAGUGUCCCUGACCUGAGGGACCUGGGACCUCUGUGACUUUCCCGCGCACUAGAAACCGUCACAGUCCUGUGCAGCCCGGCCACCCUUCUGCAGGCAGGACACGAGCCGCCUCGUGGCAGCGGGCCAGGCGCGCCCACUGCGAAGCCGCAGCGCAGAACUCCACUCCUGCGUGUCCCUGACGUGGAGACUCCUUCGGGUGCGGGCUUAUCGUAGGUUUGGGAACACGUUUUCACUUUUACGUCAGUUGUGCAGUUGACUGUGUCUUUUCUAACUGACCACUGCCCCUGCCCUGCUUCCCGGACAGCGCCGUUGUGGGUAGGAUGUGCUCGUCCUCAGACUUCCUACAGCAAUAAGAAUGUACUCGAGUUUACACAUCGGAUCACUUCUGCUCCUCUGCGCUGUUUGGCUUUUGAGUUAGCGUCAGACUGUGGGCCGACGUGAGGUUGUGGGAAACUGCUCUGAGACUGUUGGACCAAUUACGCUGUCCAAGAAGGAACUUUCUAGGCUGCUCCUCGGGCAUGGCCCAGCGUCAUCCUCGUCUCAUCCUUCUCCUGCUUAGAGUGUGCCUUGGCCAGACCAGUGUCCACAAGGGCGUGUUCCCGGGUGCAUCUGUGGCUUCCCAGGUGGCCAGAUUGUGUUUCUGAAAGCGAGCUCAUUUUCAGUCCUGCCGAUGCACUGUUCUCAUCGCGUUGUUAUUCGUAGUGGUUAUAGGGUUAGUGUGGAACCAUCUCAGAAUAAUACACUUUUUCAGGUGGGUUGCUGUCUCUGAAACCACGUAAUCAAAAAAUGCUUUGAGUCGGAUGCAAAGGGGAACCCGCAGGAAUAACUGCUGUUUUUCUGACAAUGAUUGUGAACCUGAAAACCUGCAGACCUCUUCUGUGAGCAACGAGUAUGCAAAAUUGGGAGAUGCUCAUUUUUUUUAAUGUAGGUAGGACUGCCAUUUACUUCCUAUUUAGAUAUAUCAACAUGCAUCCGCAUGGAAAUGUGCAGGUCAUUCGCUUAUUGUAAUUUGACUAUUUACAUUACUUUUGACUGAAUGGGGCGUAAGUAAAACCUUCAGAGGAACAAGAGGCAGCUCUUUGCCACACAGAACAGUAAGGCCUGGCGUGGGCGCUCCGUGGGUCAGAUGCAGAGCCCGAGUACUUCACCGUCACUACCCGCAGUGACGGGUGCCGGCAGGAGGGGGAUGCGGUGCCAGGACUUGGCCUGGCUUUCAAUGAGUGUAUGGCCGUCAUACUGUUCAGUGUUUGCUUUUCCGACUAAGUGACCACAAGUAAGUAGUUCUAGCCCUCGCACUUCAAGAGGUCUAGUCUUUCCUUCGAGUUGUUGAUUAGGUCAGUUCUCUUGACUAAGAUGGGCGUCAAAAACGUCAUGAGCCCAGGAGUUCUCCGCAGAUUGUCUCGGGUGGGUCCACUGCACAGCGGUUCGGCCACAAUGGCCGGAGGGGAUGAGGAAUUGCCUUAAGUUGCUGCUGAUCACGCCGCUCAGACUGAGUUGUUGGCCCCCUAAACUGUAAGCUCCUCGAGGGGCAAUCGCCGCGUUUUCUGCGCGUCACGUAGACCCUCCCAGGUGCUCAGCAGCACUCUGUGCCCUGUGGAGUACUCAGUACCUUCUGUCUGACGUUGCUGACGGGGCCCGGAGAGUUUUAUUCCUCAGAAAACCUAUUAAAAUGUAGCAAAACUGA